GUUUUCCUAUGUUUUUUUUUUUUUUUUUUUAAUUAAAAAAAAAAAAAGCAAGCAAAAGCUGUAGAAGUUUUUGUAGCAUUAAAUCUGUUUCUUUUGUGGCUAUCUGAAGUUGUACAUGAAAUAUAUCUCAGGUUUUCAACAACUUUGGUCUGAGAAGUUAAAGCGCUUGGAUUUAAAAUGAAGGAUGAAAUUGCUGCUACUGUCUUCUUCAUCACAAGGCUGAUAAAAAGGGAAGACAAGCUGAGCAAGCAUAAAAUAGAGAGAUUUGCAGCUAAGCUGACAACACUGCUGUUUGAAAAGUACAAGAACCACUGGUACUUGGACAAUCCAUCCCGAGGACAGGCCUUCAGGUGCAUAAGGAUAAACAAGCAUCAGGCAAGAGAUCCGCUGCUGGAGCAAGCUUGUGUGGAGAGCAACGUGGACUUCAACAAGCUUGGUUUGCCGAAAGAGAUGACGCUGUGGGUUGAUCCAUUUGAAGUGUGUUGCAGGUAUGGAGAGAAGAACCGGCCGUUCACAGUUGCUCACUUUGAAGGAGAGGAGAACCCAGAGCUUUCGCAGCAGAUCAACCACGCUGUUGACAGAGCAGCUCUGGAUUAUCCUUCCGGCACCUCUUCGGAUGAGGAGAGCUUCAACAGGGAACCAAAGGCCAUCCCUACUGUCAGCAAUCCCAACAGCGUCUACCAGUUUGACUACUGCAAGACACCCAUACAGUCCUGGUCUCAGUAUCUUCAUAGGAAGACACACACAAGUGGCUCAUCCUAUGCCCAGCACAGGGCUUUCAAAGCCUUCAGGCCAGCUGUUGCUUUUUCAGGACCACGUGUUGACAGAUACCACUGGAUCAACACCAAGCGGUAGAUCCGUGGCUGUCUCUGUUCCAAGAGCCUCUAACACUCAGCUGUGCUGUGGGAUGAAGGCUGGUGCUACAGAGCUUCACGAGAAGAGAAUGUGCUUACUGUCUGUUCCCUAUCCUCUUACUCUGUGCUAUUGAAACUCUGGGUUUUUAAAUAACAUUUUAAUAUUUUAACAAUGUUAACAAGACUGAAAAUUAAUGUGAGAUGCUACUUGUAAGCUAAAAAGGAAAUGCGUAUAUAUCAAUAAAUCUAAUCAUGUUUUCUUUUAAAAA